AGCUGUCAACUGACUAAGCGAUCAUUGAAACACGUAUUUAUCUAAAAAUAGCCGCGUUGUAUAAACGACUUGAAUGUUUCGUAAUUGUGCAUUCAUUUAAGGACACGACAUCGCUACAUAUAUCAAUAACAAAUAAUGGCAAUUUCAAUGCUGCAGACGUUUUUAAUUUUGGCUGUCGGAAUACACGGGGUUACAGCUGGUGAGUGGUGUUUCGUACAGAAAUCAUUUGGCUUUGGGACUGAUUAUAAGUACUGCAGUUGGGGAUGCUGCACCUACAACUAUGGGACGCAAUGCUGUGAACAAACUAAUAUCGGAGUUCUGGUCGGUAGCAUAGUAGGAGGCGUGAUCGGUCUGAUAGUGCUUGUGUCGAUACUGGUUGCCUGUUGUUGUAUCAUGAAACGGCAGCGAGCCCGCCAGGGGCAGGUUUUUACUACAGCAAAUGUCCAACCCGUUUACGGUGCCCCCGGUACACAAAUGGCAUACGCACAGCAGCCGUACCAGCCUUACCCUACUCAAACAACCAACAUGCAGCCUGGUUACAUGUCAGCAUCCUCUCAGCCGAUGCAGUCAUGGCAACCGCCCCCAUAUGAGGAGGUGAACAAGGGUAUGAAGCCUUGAUGAGUCUUAUACAUCACGGAUAGUCUCAACAUACUGUGCUUGCGCGUGUGAACAUACGUAUGGACAUAUUGUAAACUGUAUUUUUCCUUGUUUGUUUAUUUCGUCUUUGCUUAACAAUGUUUGUUUAAUAUGCAACAAUACGAUAAAAAGACGAAGUUGAACCCAGCAACGAAAAAUGAUAAUUUAAAGACAUAUUCAACCGAGUGGGAUCGGCAAAAACCGUAAACUACCGAUUGGGACUUAAUGCAAUCAUUAAAACGCAAAUAACUGUUAUAUUGUUAUUCAAUAGAAGUUAUAAGUGUAAACAUAAAACACGUAACAACAUCAUCAGCCGACAUGUGAAGUAAAAGUAAAUGUGCCUAAAUAAUUUUCUACUUUAUUUUGAUACAUAUAUGCUCUUCUUACGGAUACAUGUUAGCCUUAUGUCCAGUUAUAUUUAUUGCCAACAAGUCUAUCAUGAUUGUGUCUAACACUUGAGGAAAAUGAUGCCCGAAAAUGGCCUCUUUUUAAUUAUUUGCGGCGAUUGAAAAGACUAAAUAUCUGGUGAUAAAUAUAUACAUACUCAAUGGUAGUUCUAAUUUUUCCCCGUUUCAAGCGUUCUUUAUUGACCUAAUCGAGUAAAAUAAGAUACUUAACACAUUUUCAAACUGUUAAGAGGGAGCAAAAUAUUUUUACACGAAAGGCGAAAAUGACAGCACUUCACACGUAUAAUGGCAAUACUGGUACAUGUAGUUUCAAAUGACUUAAACCGUAUUGUGACAUGUAGUAAAUUCGAUGUUGAUUUUCAAGAUACGAAAAAAGUAUACAGUUGUUGCACUGACUAAAAAGUAUUAUUCGCUGGGUUGUUACGUGUACCGUUUCUAUUUUGUUUAUUCUUUGAGUGGCUUACACUUGUUUUGUAUUGAAGAUUUUCUGUUUACAUCUGAACAGCAAAACAUGUUAAGGAGAUAUGUACCAGUAUUUUUCAUGUAGCAAAAAUAUACAGUGUUUUCAAUGCUGCCUGCUUUUCAUGAAUAGCUGUACUUAUACCUGUGACAGAUAAUGUGCACUUGUUUGACCGUGUGUACACCAUCUUUUUAAUAUUUGAAGUUUGUGAUAGUAUAUAUAAAACGUUCAAUAUAUGGGAAGUAAAUGUUGAUGUACAUUAGUUUCUAAAAAUGAGUAACUUAUUUUGAGAUUUGGAAUAUAAAUAUGACUCUUA